AUGAUGCAAGGACUGAAAAACCGAACCAGGAGAGCCCUGGGCUUACGAAGAAAAGACAAGGACACGGAGACGACGAGCUCACCUGACAAAGAAGGAACCGGAAGUGGAAAGAAGGGAAAUAAAAAAGCCAACGGGGCUCCCAAUGGUUUCUAUGGGGAGAUUGACUGGGACAGAUAUGCCUCUCCUGACGUGGACGAGGAGGGCUUCAGCCUCCGGCCCGGCGAUGAGGGCGAUGCAGCUUCCAAAGAAAAGCACUUUUUCUCCUCCAGCGACUCGGAGGACGACGAGGACAGCAAGAAAAAGUUCAAAAUCAAGAUCAAGCCGCUGGUGUCGGACAGCGCCAAGUGUGCCCCUCCAUCUAUGGACGAGCUGAAGGCCUCGGUGGGAGGCCUGGCGCUCUCCCCGUCUCUGAAGAGAAGUCCGAGACGCAGUCCGGGGCAGAUAAAAAGGAACUUGUCCUGUGAGGAGAUCGCAAGACCCCGGCGCUCCACCCCGACACCCAGUCCUGCCCCCGAGACGCCAAGUGACAGGCUGUCGCAGAACGUCCCUGCCUUCUUCGGGCUGCCUUCAGAGAGCAAAUACGCCAGAUAUGAUGUGGUUCCUGCUGAUAUGUGGGCAGACUCCAGACCGCGGUCAGAAUCACAGCUGAGCAGAAGUUUCCCAACAGGAGCUCCUCCUCCGCUGCCUCCGAAAAACAUUCCAUCAAGAAGUCAUUAUGGCUAUCCUUCAGACGCUGCUGCUGAUCUACCCAAUGGAAGGGCGACUCGCAGUUCUGCCCCCAUCUACCUGAACGUCCUCUCCCCCGCCUCCUACCGAGGCUCCCCGGCCCCCGACCUGGACGACGUGUUCGGCCCCGUGGACAGCCCCCGGACCAGCGAGGACACCGUGUCCCCCAGAUGGGUCACCUUCACCGACGACCGGCCCCCGCCCCCCGACGAACCCGCUCCCCCUCCGCCGCCGGACUCCCCUCCUCCAGACACCCCCUCGUCCACCCCCUCCACCCCCUGCCUCUCCCCUGGACCGCCGCCCAACGAACCUCCACCUUCACCCCCUCCGUUCUCCCCCGGCUCCCCUCCUCCCUUCACGCCGCCAGACUCGCCCCCCUCCAUCGUGCUCGGACCCCCUCCUCCGGACGAACCUGCCCCUCCCUUACCCCCCGACUUCUCCCCUUCCAGCUCACCUCCUCUGUGCCUCGACGAGGAGGCGAUCGACGAGGAGGUGCUGCAGUUCGCGGAGUACUGCUCCUCCCCCGCCCCCAUCAGCCCCGUGCCUCCUCUGCCAGCGGAGCGGCGGUCCCCUCGGGCAGGAGUCAUCUCCCCUCUGGUCCUGGGGGGGAAGAGGACUCCGGAGGGUUCGUACCUGAGAGAUGACAUACCGGACUUCGUGGGCUCUCCCAGGGAGCUGACGCCGAGCUUCCGGGGAACGCCGCCUCCUCUUCCUCCCACCACCUACAGGUCUAUCAUGUCUUCCCCGGGGCCCUACUCAGGCAGCAGCCCCUCGUCUCCAGCUCGUCCUGCCACGCCUCAGUCCCGAGGCAGCCCGGUCCCUCCGCCUCCUCCUCCCCGUCCGUCCUCGCGACCAAAGCUGCCCCCGGGGAAACCAAUCACAGACCUGACUCGGCCGUUCAGUCCACCGGUUUCGGGCAGCCCCCCGCCUUUCGCCCCUCUGGCCCGGGCUGAGAGCUCUUCCUCCAUCUCCUCCAUUACCUCGCAGAGUGCAGCGUCCACUCCGACCUUAGGGAGGGACCUCAACAUGUCCACCACAGGAUGCUCCAGAGGACCCAGUCCGCUCACCAUGGGGCCGCAGGACACUCUGCCGGUGGCAGCCGCCUUCACAGAAACCAUCAAUGCCUACUUCAAAGGCGCUGACCCCAGCAAAUGUGUUGUGAAGAUCACAGGGGAGAUGGUGCUGUCCUUCCCUGCUGGUAUAACCCGGCACUUUGCCAGCCACCCAACUCAACCCAUCCUCACCUUCAGCAUCAGCAACUUCAGCCGACUGGAGCAGGUCCUCCCCAAUCCACAGCUGCUGUGCUGUGACUCCGUAACAGAGAGCGUAGACAGCAAGGAGUUCUGGGUAAAUAUGCCAAACUUGAUGAGCCAUCUGAAGAAAGUGGCUGAACAGAAGCCUCAGGCGACGUACUACAACGUGGAUAUGAUCAAAUAUCAGGUGUCAACGGAGGGGAUCCAGUCCACCCCUCUGAACCUGGCAGUGAGCUGGCGAGGCGAUGCCACCAACACGGACCUUAGAAUAGACUACAAAUACAACACCGAGGCCAUGGCCGCCCCCGUGCCGCUUCACAACAUCCACUUCCUGGUUCCUGUGGACGGAGGCAUAGCCAAGCUGCAGGCCAUGAUCCCACCUGCCACCUGGAAUCCAGAGCAACAGACGAUACAGUGGAAACUAUCGAGCCUGUCUCACAGGUCUGAAAAUGGAGGAGUCGGGGCUCUACUGGGCCGGUUCCAGAUGAUAGAAGGUCCCUGUAAACCCUCCCAGCUGGCGGUCCAGUUCACCAGCGAGGGAAGCACUCUGUCAGGCUGCGACAUCCAGCUGGUUGGGACUGGAUAUCGGCUAUCGUUGGUCAAGAAGAGAUUUGCUGCAGGGAAAUAUCUGGCAGAUAAUUAG